UCUGCGGGGAAGCCGCGGAUUUGAUUUUCCGAAGCUAACCAGUUAGCUCGUGGGUCCACUCUCCGGUAAUGUCUCUAUUUUAAAAGUCACAACGUCAACACAUAAACAAAACAAAAUGAACCUCGAUAGGCUCCGAAAACGAGUUCGGCAGUACAUUGACCAGCAACAGUAUCAAAGUGCGCUGUUUUGGGCCGACAAGAUAGCAUCCCUUUCUCAUGAAGAUCCCCAGGAUAUCUACUGGCUAGCUCAGUGCCUUUACCUAACCUCACAGUACCACAGAGCCUCACAUGCCCUCCGUUCAAGAAAACUUGACAAAUUGUAUGGAGCUUGUCAGUAUCUUGCUGCUAAGUGUCAUUAUGCUGCUAAAGAGUUCCAGCAGGCCUUGGAUAUCCUAGAUGCAGAGGAGCCUGUUAGCAAAAAAUUACAAGGUGGAAGUGAAAAGGACGACAGCGGGACUGAGCCUGCAAAGGAAUGGGACAUGUCGCCUGCAUCUAUCAGUAGCUCCAUCUGCCUCCUGCGGGGUAAAAUCUAUGAUGCUAUGGACAACAGGCCCCUGGCCACCUUCAGCUACAAAGAGGCCUUGAAACUAGAUGUCUACUGCUUUGAAGCCUUUGACCUUUUAACAUCUCACCACAUGUUGACCGCACAAGAAGAAAAAGACUUCUUGGACUCACUUCCUCUUAGUCAGCAGGGGACUGAGGAAGAGGAGGAGCUGUUACGCUUUCUUUUUGAAAAUAAAUUAAAGAAGUAUAACAAGCCCAGUGAUCUGGUGGUGCCUGAGAUGGUCAAUGGUCUCCAAGACAACUUGGAUGUAGUUGUGUCUCUUGCUGAGAGGCAUUAUUAUAACUGCGAUUUCAAGAUGUGCUACAAACUCACAUCAACAGUGAUGGUUAAAGACCCUUUUCAUGCCAACUGUUUACCGGUUCACAUAGGGACGUUGGUUGAGCUUGGAAAAGCAAAUGAGUUGUUUUACCUUUCGCACAGACUUGUAGACCUGUACCCCAACAACCCAGUGUCCUGGUUUGCUGUUGGGUGCUACUAUCUCAUGGUUGGCAACAAGAAUGAACAUGCCAGGCGAUACCUUAGCAAAGCCACCACUCUGGAUCGCACUUAUGGUCCCGCAUGGAUCGCUUAUGGCCACUCGUUUGCAGUGGAGAGUGAACAUGAUCAAGCCAUGGCUGCAUAUUUCACUGCUGCUCAGCUCAUGAAAGGAUGUCACUUGCCUAUGCUCUACAUUGGACUGGAGUACGGUCUAACUAACAACUCCAAGCUGGCUGAGCGUUUUUUUAGCCAGGCGCUUAGUAUCGCCCCAGAAGACCCGUUUGUUAUACACGAGGUGGCAGUGGUUGCAUUUCAAAAUGGAGACUGGAAGACGGCAGAAAAGUUAUUUCUUGAUGCAAUGGAGAAAAUCAAAGCCAUAGGGACCGAGGUUACUGUGGACAAGUGGGAGCCUUUGUUGAACAAUUUAGGUCAUGUGUGUCGAAAACUAAAAAAGUACGACCAGGCUCUAGAGUAUCAUCGCCAAGCGCUGGUGUUGAUCCCACAGCAUGCCUCUACGUAUUCUGCUAUAGGAUAUGUGCACAGCCUCAUGGGAGACUUUGAAAGCGCAAUAGACUACUUUCAUACAGCUCUUGGGUUGAAAAGGGACGACACAUUCUCAGUGACCAUGCUUGGCCAUUGCAUUGAAAUGUACAUCGGGGACACAGAUGCGUAUAUAGGCACCGACAUCGAUGACAAGGUUCGAAGCAGUUUGAACACUCCAGCACUGAUGAAGAUGUUGAGCAAACCAGAAUCAAAUGAGCUUCAAGCUACGCCAAGGUCUGAGGAGACGAACUUGUCGACAUUGGAAACGCCAGCAUCCAAUCAAGAAAAGAUGAUGCUGGAGACGCCAUUACGGCUCUCGUUAACUCUGGAGUGUGAUAUGUAUGAGAGCGACAUGAUGCUGGACACUUUAUCAGACACCAGCACGUGAUUUCAUCCUGUCAGGUGGUGGAUCUGUUGUAGCAACUGGUUGUCAUAGGUACACGUAUCCAAUCCUGAGGACAACAGUCAGCCAACAACUUAAACAGCUGUCCUCCACAAUGUGGAUUCCCCAUGCUGUGUGUUAUUUUGUAUAAGAAUGCUCUUGUGAACAUUUUUAACAUAAGUGACUGAAUUUGUGUACAGCACAUGGUCAAGACCGUAAUUUCACAAGAAUGCACUUUAAAGGAGGGGAACUGAAAACAUGCCUUUUUUUUCCCCAAAGGGUUGAAUAUGUUUUACCUUAGGUUAAAAACAAUGGAAAUGUGGCCAUCUGACAAAAGCAAACACAGCCCUACACCUCACAUCAGACGAACAUGUAAGUUACUUGUAAAUGCCUGAUGCAGGAUCCUCCCUGCUAAUUAACCUGUGGAUUUUCACUCUGAAGAAAGAGCCAGCUGAGUAUAAUCAGAUUUAGUGAAUUUUGUUAUGGCUACAAUAAACCAUGCAUUUAUCUUAAAAGGUUGGUAUGUCU